AUGGUUAAACUGGGGAGUAAUCUACAAGACAAAGGCGCUAAACCGGUCAGUGUGGAGGAUGGCUUCCAAAACGUGCCGCUCAUCACCCCUCUGGAUGUCGGUAAUCUCCAGUAUGGAGCCCCAGACAAGGUGGUGGUGAAGACACGGACUGAGUACCAAACGGACCAGAAGAAAACCAAGCUGAAGGUGCCCAAGGUGGAGGAGUUCACUAUCAGCUUCACUGAUGGAGUCACUAUCCUCAUAGUCCUGGCCUUGGCCUUCCUGGCCUGCAUAGUGUUCCUGGUGGUGUACAAGGCGUUUACCUACGACCACAGCUGCCCAGACGGAUUCAUAUACAAGCAUAAGCGGUGCAUCCCUGCCUCUCUGGAGGCCUACUACACUGCUCAGGAUGCCAACUCCCGAGGGCGAUUCUAUACGGUGAUCAGCCACUACAGCAUGGCCAAGCAGACCACCUCUCGCUCCGUCUCUCCCUGGCUCCCUGCUGGCGCUGCGCCGCACGACGCCAAGCCGCCCAACACAGACGGGCACUGA